UAAAACAUGGAAAACGUACUCGAACCACCUCAACCAUCUAUAAACCUACGCCAAUUUCUAGAGGAUUAUUCGAAAAAGUUAAACAACCCAGAUGAGAAAAAUGCAGAAAAUAUUCCCUUCUACUUUGCAGACGUCUCACCUGUCUCAGCAGAAGUGGCGGCGAGCUGCUCCUUGCAGUUGCUUGCUGCACCAGACGACAAUCUAAUCAACACAUUUGAACUGGGUGCUGAAAUACAACGUCCCAAUGUAACAAAACCACAAAUGGGUAAACAUGUGCCAAAGACAUUUACCGCCAUAAAUGAGCACAAGGCGAAAUCCCGGAGAAAUCCAUUUAGCCGAACACAAUAUAGUUAUCGCUUGAUAGCCGAUCCGUCGCCGAAUGGCGAUUUACCAAUGAUGUGGACACUUGAAGAAUUUGAGCUGGAGCUAACCGUUCGGUUUUACAGACCACCGCGUGCAGCGCAUCGUGGCUUUAAGCUGGAACGUCCAGUUUUUGCCGAGGAGUUCGUUUGCUUAGGCAGCAAUUUGUUAACCGAGCUACGUGAUAAGAUCUCCUGCAUCUGUAAUGGCAAACGUUUUGUCGAUAUUAGUGAACAGCCUGAAGCGCCGCUGCCUGUGCUCGAGACAGAUCCGGGUUACUUCUUCAUCAACGGCGUCUUCUACAAUGAUACACGCAAUCCCAAUAACUGUGACUACUCUGAAACUGUGCUCAAGUGGGCAAGCCAAGCGCAGGGCGUAGAGAAUGAAGAUUUUCGGGUGGCUUCAAUGGAGGCGACACGCUUCAUCGAUCUGACUAUAAGCCUAGGUGCACCUGUACAGUAUCUACAUCAUGGCAAUUGCGAGCAUUUGUUUGUGUUCUCUCAGGUGGAGGUGUUAAGGCCACGUAGCAAAUACAUUUAUCGCAGUCUUUAUCCCUUUCUGCGCACCUUCAAUACUUUCAAUAGACGCGCCUGCUAUAUGUGCGGCCUUCGUGGCUAUCAUUUCAUCGUGGAGCAAUCCCGCAGGCAACUGCACGAUCCAUCAUAUCUCUGUCGUAGUUGUUUCUUCAGCUUCAACUAUGUGGAUGGCAAGAAGGUGGGAGACUUUAAAGCUUAUCGCAUAUACACUCUUGCUGAUCUACCGGACGAGGAAGCCGAAUGCCAGCCACCUGAGGUUCUGGACAUAAACAGCAGCAGUAGUGAUGAAGGUAGCGUGGACUUAGAUGAACUAACUUAAUUAUAGAUGUAUAUUUAUAUAUAUUUAAUUUUAAUAUUAAUUUUAUUUUGAUAAAAUAUAUG